AUGUAUUUUAUUCCCAAACCACAUAAGAAAGGCACACCACUUCGACCAAUUUUAAAUACAAUUCAUGCUGCAACAAAGCAAAUUUCACAAUUUUUAGAUAAAUCAAUUCGACCAUUAUUCGAUCGAUUUGUACGUCAAACAAUGUUUGUGGAUGGUGCUGAUCUUCUUGAUCGACUUCAAAAAUAUAUUCAAAAAGGUUAUUUUAAUGCAUCGACUCUUUUCAUUACAUUCGAUAUUACAAAUCUUUAUACAAUGUUACCACAAGAAGAAUCAUUAGCUAUACUUGCUGAAUUUCUUCGUGUACAUAAUUGUGAAAGAGUCAAUGGUCUUUCAAUUGAUAAUAUUGUUGAAUUAGCUGCAAAUAUCUUCAUGUGGAAAUGGGACAGACAAACUAUUUUACCAAAAUUAGGUUCUCAUGAGAUAUAUGGCCGUUAUAUUGAUGAUGUUUUCUUUACAUGUAACCAAUCUGAAGACAAGGUGAAAGAAUUAUUAGAAGCAGUAAAUAAUCUUCAUCCAAAUAUUAAAUCAGAAUAUAAGAUUGGUAAAAGUGUUCCAUUCCUCGAUGUUUUGGUUAAGAACAACAAUGGCAUUCUGGCAUCAUCGGUCUAUCAUAAACCUUCAGCUCAACCAACAGUCGUAUCAUUUUUAUCCGAUCAUCCACGACAUGUAUUUCAAAACGUGAUUCAUACGGCUCUCACUAGAGCUGUACGAUAUUCAUCAUCAUUUGAAGUAUUUAAUAACGAACGACGUGCUAUUCGUUUAAUAUAUCCAUCCAAUUAUAUUAAUCAACAAUUCCAAAAAUUCUUUGCUGACUGUAUGUCAUCAUCUUCUUUGUCAUUUAUACCUAUGAUUACUAAUCCAAGUCAAUUUUUUGCAUUACGUCAAAAAUUAUCCACUCAACCGACGGCUAAACAAACGCAACUUGCAACGAGUGCAGCUGCUGUUCAUCUUAUACAAAAUACUCAAAAUAUUACACAAAUAAAUACAAACAACAUGGAGGCAACAGUCAAACGAAAUAAUAAUAAAUUCAAAAACAAUCUCUUUGUACAUGUUACACACGAGGCAAGACUUAAAGGUUUAGCACGAGAAAUACAUAUGAUACACGAUAGCUUCUUCAAGGAUGCAAGUUAUGCGGAUAUUAGAUUUAUUAUCGGCCAUCGAAUCGAUCCAAAUAUAGAGUUCGAACUUUCACGAAAACGUCCAUCUUUAUCAUUGUUGAAAGACCCACUAGAAAAAAACCAAAACGAAAUUAAACCAUUGACAACAGCAACAAAGACUAAUGAACAUUGUUAA